UUUGACAUUUGCUAUAAAAUCUCAUCUUCUUCACAUUCAGGUUAUGGUCACAGAAGAAAUGGCUGCAGCUUGGCUUGUGGUUGUGCUCGUGCAUGCUGUGUUGCUGGGUACAGCUGGUGCUACUGACUGGCAUGGAUCUAAUGCUGGCCUUAAAAAAGAUGUUACUCCUGAUGAUGAUAAUUCAGUCAAGAAGGCAUUUGAACUUCUCCGGUCUUUGGAUUUUGUGCUAAAGCAACGCUACAACAUGAGUGCCAAGGGCCAGCAGAACGAUGACCAGCAGCAAAUGCACAACAUGAGCGCCAAGGGCCAGCAGAAUGAUGACCAGCAGCAAAUGCACAACGUGACCGCCAAGGGCCAGCAGAACGACGACGACCAACAGCAAAUGCACAACGUGACCGCCAAGGGCCAGCAGAACGACGACGACUACCAACAGCAAAUGCACAACGUGACCGCCAAGGGCCAGCAGAACGACGACGACUACCAACAGCAAAUGCACAACGUGACCGCCAAGGGCCAGCAGAACGACGACGACGACCAACAGCAAAUGCACAACGUGACCGCCAAGGGCCAGCAGAACGACGACGACGACCAACAGCAAAUGCACAACGUGACCGCCAAGGGCCAGCAGAACGACGACGACGACCAACAGCAAAUGCACAACGUGACCGCCAAGGGCCAGCAGAACGACGACGACGACCAACAGCAAAUGCACAACGUGACCGCCAAGGGCCAGCAGAACGACGACGACGACCAACAGCAAAUGCACAACGUGACCGCCAAGGGCCAGCAGAACGACGACGACGACCAACAGCAAAUGCACAACGUGACCGCCAAGGGCCAGCAGAACGACGACGACGACCAACAGCAAAUGCACAACGUGACCGCCAAGGGCCAGCAGAACGACGACGACGACCAACAGCAAAUGCACAACGUGACCGCCAAGGGCCAGCAGAACGACGACGACGACCAACAGCAAAUGCACAACGUGACCGCCAAGGGCCAGCAGAACGACGACGACGACCAACAGCAAAUGCACAACGUGACCGCCAAGGGCCAGCAGAACGACGACGACGACCAACAGCAAAUGCACAACGUGACCGCCAAGGGCCAGCAGAACGACGACGACGACCAACAGCAAAUGCACAACGUGACCGCCAAGGGCCAGCAGAACGACGACGACGACCAACAGCAAAUGCACAACGUGACCGCCAAGGGCCAGCAGAACGACGACGACGACCAACAGCAAAUGCACAACGUGACCGCCAAGGGCCAGCAGAACGACGACGACCAACAGCAAAUGCACAACGUGACCGCCAAGGGCCAGCAGAACGACGACGACCAACAGCAAAUGCACAACGUGACCGCCAAGGGCCAGCAGAACGACGACGACCAACAGCAAAUGCACAACGUGACCGCCAAGGGCCAGCAGAACGACGACGACCAACAGCAAAUGCACAACGUGACCGCCAAGGGCCAGCAGAACGACGACGACCAACAGCAAAUGCACAACGUGACCGCCAAGGGCCAGCAGAACGACGACGACCAACAGCAAAUGCACAACGUGACCGCCAAGGGCCAGCAGAACGACGACUACCAACAGCAAAUGCACAACGUGACCGCCAAGGGCCAGCAGAACGACGACGACCAACAGCAAAUGCACAACGUGAGCGCCAAGGGCCAGCAGAACGACGACUACGACCAGCAACAAAUGCACAACGUGAGCGCCAAGGGCCAGCAGAACGACGACUACGACCAGCUACAAAUGCACAACGUGAGCGCCAAGGCCCAGCAGAACGACGACUACGACCAGCUACAAAUGCACAACGUGAGCGUCAAGGCCCAGCAGAACGACGACGACCAGCAGCAAAUGCACAACGUGAGCGUCAAGGCCCAGCAGAACGACGACGACCAACAGCAAAUGCACAACGUGAGCGCCAAGGCCCAGCAGAACGACGACGACCAACAGCAAAUGCACAACGUGACCGCCAAGGGCCAGCAGAACGACGACGACCAACAGCAAAUGCACAACGUGAGCGCCAAGGCCCAGCAGAACGACGACGACCAACAGCAAAUGCACAACGUGAGCGCCAAGGCCCAGCAGAACGACGACGACGACCAGCAGCAAAUGCACAACGUGAGCGCCAAGGCCCAGCAGAACGACGACGACGACCAGCAGCAAAUGCACAACGUGAGCGUCAAGGCCCAGCAGAACGACGACGACGACCAGCAGCAAAUGCACAACGUGAGCGUCAAGGCCCAGCAGAACGACGACGACGACCAGCAGCAAAUGCACAACGUGAGCGUCAAGGCCCAGCAGAACGACGACGACCAGCAGCAAAUGCACAACGUGAGCGUCAAGGCCCAGCAGAACGACGACGACGACCAGCAGCAAAUGCACAACGUGAGCGCCAAGGCCCAGCAGAACGACGACGACGACCAGCAGCAAAUGCACAACGUGAGCGCCAAGGCCCAGCAGAACGACGACGACCAGCAGCAAAUGCACAACGUGAGCGUCAAGGCCCAGCAGAACGACGACGACGACCAGCAGCAAAUGCACAACGUGAGCGUCAAGGCCCAGCAGAACGACUACUACGACCAGCAACAAAUGCACAACGUGAGCGUCAAGGCCCAGCAGAACGACGACGACCAACAGCAAAUGCACAACGUGAGCGUCAAGGCCCAGCAGAACGACGACGACCAACAGCAAAUGCACAACGUGAGCGUCAAGGCCCAGCAGAACGACGACGACCAACAGCAAAUGCACAACGUGACCGCCAAGGGCCAGCAGAACGACGACGACCAACAGCAAAUGCACAACGUGACCGCCAAGGGCCAGCAGAACGACGACGACCAACAGCAAAUGCACAACGUGAGCGCCAAGGGCCAGCAGAACGACGACGACGACCAGCAGCAAAUGCACAACGCGAGCGUCAAGGCCCAGCAGAACGACGACGACCAGCAGCAAAUGCACAACGCGAGCGUCAAGGCCCAGCAGAACGACGACGACCAGCAGCAAAUGCACAACGCGAGCGUCAAGGCCCAGCAGAACGACGACGACCAGCAGCAAAUGCACAACGCGAGCGUCAAGGCCCAGCAGAACGACGACGACCAGCAGCAAAUGCACAACGUGAGCGUCAAGGCCCAGCAGAACGACGACGACCAGCAGCAAAUGCACAACGUGAGCGUCAAGGGCCAGCAGAACGACGACGACCAAGAGCAAAUGCACAACGUGACCGCCAAGGGCCAGCAGAACGACGACGACCAAGAGCAAAUGCACAACGUGACCGCCAAGGGCCAGCAGAACGACUACUACCAACAGCAAAUGCACAACGUGACCGCCAAGGGCCAGCAGAACGACGACUACCAGCAGCAAAUGCACAACGUGAGCGUCAAGGCCCAGCAGAACGACUACCAACAGCAAAUGCACAACGUGAGCGUCAAGGCCCAGCAGAAUGACGACGACCAGCAGAAAAUGCACAACGUGAGCGUCAAGGCCCAGCAGGACGACUACUACCAACAGCAAAUGCACAACGUGAGCGUCAAGGUCCAGCAAAACCCCAAUGUGAGCGCCAAGAACCAGCAGAGUGAUGCAAGCUACCAAAGUGACAGAAUGGAGGAUGAUGAAUUGACUUUUUUUACAGUGAAUGUUUAAUGUGACCAGAUCGAGCUGCAGUGUUGGAGAGAACAUUUGAAAAUAAAACUUUAAACGUCAAGGA